AUGAAGUUCUAUUGGGUUUUAUUCUCAACUAUAUUUCUACUUAGUAUUUUUACACCGACAGAAAGUUUAUUUUCUGGCACAACUUUUCAAGAUUUCGUUGAUAGUUUUGUUGAUGCUUCAAAAUUUAAAUUUGAAGGUAUAUUAAGUCUUAAUGAUUCAGCUAUCAGUCGUAUCUGGUCUUAUUUCAAAUCAAAAUAUGGUCGUGUUUAUGCAUCCUUCGAUGAAGAAAAACAACGUUUUCGUGUAUUUAAAGAUCAUUUGAAAUAUGUUCUUGAAUCCAAUCUAGAAAAACUACGUACAUUUGAAUUAGAAUUAAAUGAAUUUUCGGAUUGGACGAUAGCGGAAUUUAAUUUAUUUAAAAAAGGUCUUCUUCCAUCUAAUGAUUUACAACAACGUAACUUUGAUGAUGAUGAUGAUAAUAAUAGUAACGACGAAGAUUCAGUUCGUCGUAGUUUAAAAAAACUCUAUCGACAUCAUUAUAAUCUCAGACGAUUAAAACGAAAUUUAAUUCAUAGACGACAUCAUAAAAACUAUGAUGAUAAACGUGGUUUUCGUGAUUGGCUUUUGGAUUUACUUGUACCGAAUUCAAAUAAUAAUAAUAAAAAUAACGCUCAAACAACCAGUUCAUUUGAUUGGCGUAGUAAAAAUGUUGUUAGUAGUGUUAAAGAUCAACAGAAAUGUGGAUGCUGUUAUGCAUUUGCUACAGCUGCCGUAUUAGAAUCUCUAUAUGCUAUAAAAACAAAAUCGAAUACUGUUACUGAAUUGAGUAUGCAACAAAUAACUGAUUGUUCAAGUAAUGGCAAUAAUGGAUGUAAUGGUGGAAAUUUCGGACCAAGUAUUCGUUAUUUAUUAGGUCAAGGAAGUAAAAUAGCUACACUGCAAUCUUACCCUUAUGCAGGAACGAAACAAACAUGUAAAACAAGUGGAAUCGAUCAAAUAAAUCUUGGUAAUAUUCAAUUCGGAGCAAUAACAGAAGGUGAUGAAAAAGAAAUGGCUAACGCAUUAGUUACCUAUGGACCUUUGUUUAUUGGUCUUGAUGCUGAUUCAGAAUUAUUCAUGUUUUAUAAAACGGGUAUACUUAAUAUAAAUAAUUGUCCAAAGCGUAGACAAGAUAUGGAUCAUGCUAUGGUUGCUGUUGGCUAUGGCUAUGAUACUGUAUUGAAAAUACCUUAUUGGAUAAUAAAAAAUUCUUGGGCUAAAAAAUGGGGCGAAAAUGGUUAUGUUCGUUUAGCUAAAGAUAAAGGAAACAUGUGUGGUAUCUCUUCCAUGGCUUAUUAUGGAAAAUUAACUUGA